CAAUUCUUGGUUUGAAGCAUCUCCAUGUUGCUUCACCAUUUGGCGAGGUCGAAGGCAUUGCGAUCCCUCCAAGGGCGCAAGAGCGUUCGCUUCGCAGCUACGACGACAACGAUCACGACCCCGAUAUUCUACGUAAACGCGUCACCGCAUCUGGGUCAUUUGCAUUCUUCUGUCAUGGCCGACGCGCUGAGUCGAUGGUUUCAAUUCAAGAACGAGCCGACGUUGUUCACAACAGGCACGGACGAGCACGGUUUGAAAGUUCAGCAAGCUGCAGACAAUGCUGGCAAGCCGACAAGUCAAUUCUGCGACGACGUAGCUGUUUCGUUCCAAGCCAUGUGUGCACACGGCGACAUUCGGUACGAUCGAUUUGUGCGGACGACAGAGCCAUCGCACGCUGUCGCGGUGGCAGCGAUUUGGCGAACUCUAGUGGAGAACGAUUACAUUUACUUGGGCGAGCACGAAGCGUACUACUGCAUCUCUGACGAGACGUUCUUGACGGACAUGCAAGUCGACACGCGGGAGAAUGGGCAAAUCGUGUCUAAGGAAUCCGGACACCCCGUCGAGCUCGUCAAGGAGCAAAACUACAAAUUUCGAUUGAGCAAGUUCCAGGAUAAGUUGCUCGAAUGGCUCGACGACCAUCCCGACGUGGUGCAGCCUCCGUCGCGCUACAAUGAAGUUCGUGCGACCGUCGAGCGCGGGCUGCGCGAUGUGUCUGUGUCUCGCCUGCGUGAAAAGAUUGCGUGGGCCAUUUCAGUCCCAGAUGACGAGGCGCAUUCCGUUUACGUGUGGCUGGACGCAUUGACCAACUACCUGACAUGUUGCAAGUACCCCACUGACAUGGCGCACUUUCAGUCGUGCUGGCCUGCUGCGUACCACAUCGUGGGCAAAGACAUUCUCAAGUUCCAUGCGAUAUACUGGCCUGCAUUUCUGAUGGCGGCGAACCUACCAUUGCCAAACAAGAUCGUCGCCCACGCACACUGGACUGUGAACGGCGUCAAGAUGUCCAAGAGCCUCGGCAACGUUGUGAACCCGACCGACAUCAUCAACAAGUUUGGCUUGGACGCCGUGCGGUACUAUUUGCUGCGCGAAGGCGUGCUGACGGACGACGGCGACUUCAGCGAAACCAUGCUCAAGGAGCACGUAAACAAUGAACUCGCCGACACGCUCGGCAACCUCGUGAUUCGAGCGACAACCCUGGCGUUUCUGCCGCAGGGGGCGAUCCCCAGCCGCGGCUAUUACUCCCCAACGGACCUCGAACUCAUUCACCUGAUCAACGACACUGUGCAACAAGUGCAGCGCCACUACGAGCGCCCAGACUUUGCCCUGGUCACAAAAUCCGUCAUGUCGCUGUUGUACGAAGUCAACCGCAACUUUUCCAAACACGAACCGUGGGUACUGAACAAGGAGCUCAAGAAGAUGCCUCUUGACUCCGAGGACGCCAUCGUGAAGAGCCAGCUUGUGGACACCACGUUGUUCUUGUCCAUCGAAGCCGUACGCGUCAGUGCGCUCCUCUUGCUGCCGAUUGUGCCUAACAUGGCCACUGGCAUACUCAACUACUUGAACGUCCCGCCGUCCGAGCGUUCGUUCGACUUUUGUCGGUUUGGGCAGUCCACAUAUGGCCCCGUGGCGAACCAAAAGUCCAAAACUAAGUUUGUACCGUUCCGAAAACUCGAAUAAUGGAGUACUCGUUCGGCAUGUCCAUCAUAUUCCACUUGACGGCCGCAGGUAUUAU